AUGUCUGACUCUCAGGACAUCAUGUUGGUAGACGAAAUCCCCGAAGAUGAUGCCAAUGUUCUCGGCAAGGACCUGGCCAAGCUAGAAAUUUCCGUUACUCAAACAGCUAAUCCAGAUCAAACAAGUGUCUCCAAGAUCUUCAGACUCAUCCCUCCACAACGCAAGCCGAGAACAGGGAGCAGAAAGAAGCGAAUUGAGGCCAUCUUCGAACUCUUCGAUGCCCGCUAUGGUCGCGAUGAGCACAAUCUCGCCGCAUGGAAGAUACUGUGCAAUGACCUGGACUUUGAAGAAGGCCAGACCAUCACACAAUGCAAAAACCGCCUGACAGCUCCUCAGAACCUCGAGCUGGUGCACGUCAAUGUUUACGAGUUCUACUUCUCCCAGAUCGACUUCACUCAAGAGUGCAGACGUUUCGGCAUUGAGGAAGAGUUACGCGGCUCCUCAAACGAGAAUGACCUUUUCUGUCUAUUGAGAAGGGCUAAGAACAACCCUUUAUUGAAAUGGUUGCAGAAAUGGAUGCUUAUCAAGAUGUGA